AUGAGAGAAGAGUCUCAUCUGCCAUUUUUUUUUUCACCAUCUUCACCCAUUUCAAUACGAACUUUAACCUACCACUACCAGCAUUCAUUGAACAUGGCCAGGUCUAGGGGUAAUUCCAAACUGGUUCCAACACCAAAGAAGGAAGAGCUAGUUUCAAAAAAGAGAAAACAAGAUGUUGAAGAAGAAGCAGAGACAAGUUCAGAUGAAGAAUUUAAAGUUGAAGGAUUGAUUGAUCAAGAAAGUGAUGAUGAAGAAGAAGAGGAAGAAGAAGAGGAAGAAUCAAAUUCCGAAGAUAGGGAUGAUAAUAACGAAGAUGGUGAACCAAAUGGAGCAUUAGAAGAAGACGAAGAAGAGGAGGAAGUAGACGACGACAUCAGUGAAGCAAGUCGAUCAGAUUUUGAUUCUGAGGAAGAACUCAACAAACUUCUUGGAGACGAAGAAGAUCCAAGUGAUUAUAGCUCAGUAGAGUUUUCAGAUGAACCACAAGAUGAUUUAUCCGAUGUCAAUUUGAAAAAUUUAACUGUUAAAGAUCCAUCAGCUCAAGAAAUCAAGACCAAAUAUUCUGAUGGUAGAUUGAGAAUAAUUAAACCAGAAAUUGAACCUGUCUAUGACAGUGACGACAGUGAUGCUGAAAACUUCAAUACUAUUGGUAAUAUCCCCAUUUCAGCCUAUGAUGAAAUGCCUCAUAUUGGUUACGAUAUCAAUGGUAAGAGAAUUAUGAGACCUGCUAAAGGGUCUGCAUUGGAUCAAUUAUUGGAAAGUAUCGAUUUACCACAAGGAUGGACUGGGUUAUUAGAUCAAAACACUGGUAGCUCUCUAAAACUUACCGAUGAAGAAUUGGAAUUGAUUCGUAAGAUUCAACAACAAGAAAACACUGAUGAGAACAUUAACCCAUAUGAGCCAUUGAUUGAUUGGUUCACCAAAGAUCAAGAAGUGAUGCCAUUAACAGCAGUGCCUGAACCCAAGAGAAGAUUUGUUCCAUCAAAACAUGAAGCUAAACGAGUAAUGAAAAUAGUACGCGCCAUUCGUGAAGGAAGAAUCUUGACACCAGAAAAGGCCAAGGAACAACGUGAAAAAGAAGAUGAUGAAUUAAACUUUGAUCUUUGGGCCGAUGAGACCGAAGUUCCAGAUCAUAUUAUGAAUUUGAGAGCACCGAAGUUACCACCACCAACAAACGAUGAAAGUUAUAAUCCACCAGAAGAGUAUCUCUUAACUGAAGAAGAACGUGCUCAAUGGGAAAAUGAAGAUUCAAUUGAUCGUGAACGCAACUUCAUUCCUCAGAAAUACAAAUCCCUUAGACAGGUUCCUGGAUAUCAAGAUAGUGUUCGUGAACGAUUUGAACGAUCAUUGGAUUUAUACCUUGCUCCAAGAUUGCGUAAAAAUAAAUUGAAUAUUGAUCCUGAAAGUUUGAUUCCGGAAUUACCAUCACCAAAGGAUUUACGUCCAUUCCCUAUACGUUGUUCAACUAUAUAUGAAGGUCACACAGGCAAGAUUAGAACUGUUGCUGUCAACCCACAAGGUAUUUGGUUAGCUACCGGAUCAGACGAUGGAAGUGUUAGAAUAUGGGAAGUAUUGACUGGAAGGCAAGUUUUUAAAGCACAGAUUAUCAACAAGGAACAUAAUGGUGAAGAUCAUAUUGAAAGUAUUGAAUGGCAUCCUGAUUCAGAUACUGGUAUAUUGGCAAUUUGUGCUGGUGAAAAUAUCUAUCUUUUGGUACCCCCUAUUUUCGGAUUUGAUAUCGAAAAUACUGGUAAAUUGAGAAUUGAAAGUGGUUGGGGUUAUGAUACAUUUGGAAAUAAGAAACAAGAUAUGAAAGUUGGUGUUGAAGGAGAUGACGCAGAUGCUGACGAUGCAGCAACUAUUGCUACUAAAAAAGAUGUGGCUAAAUGGAUCAACCCCACAACUACACAACAAUCCCAAUCAAUUGCAGCGAUUAUUCAAUGUCGUAGAACCGUCAAGAAAAUCUCAUGGCAUAGGAAAGGUGAUUACUUUGUUACCGUUUCACCCGAUAGUAAAAACACUGCUGUUUUAAUCCAUCAAUUGUCAAAACACUUGUCCCAAUCACCAUUUAAAAAGACCAAGGGGGUUAUAAUGGAUGCAAAAUUCCACCCUUUCAAACCACACUUAUUCGUUGCAUCUCAACGUACCAUCAAGAUCUACGAUUUGUCACAACAAAAUUUAAUCAAGAAAUUAAUGCCUGGUGUUCGAUUAUUAUCGACAAUUGAUAUCCACCCCCGUGGUGAUAACUUGUUAGCUGGGUCUUACGAUAAACGUGUUCUUUGGCAUGAUUUAGAUCUUAGUGCUACUCCAUACAAGACUCUUAGAUAUCAUGAGAAAGCCGUACGAACAAUCAAAUACCACAAGGGUAAUUUGCCCCUUUUUGCAUCGGCUUCUGACGAUGGAAGUAUACAUGUUUUCCAUGGUACUGUAUAUGACGAUUUAAUGACGAAUCCAUUAUUGGUUCCAUUGAAAAAAUUGACGGGUCAUAAAGUGAUUAAUCAAAUUGGUAUAUUGGAUAUUGCUUGGCAUCCAAAAGAAGCUUGGUUGUUUAGUGCUGGUGCUGAUGGCACUGCUCGUUUAUGGACAACAUAA